AUGUUCACUGCUCCGCGCUUGAACCGUCUCGACGAGCUAUCGACGUGGCAGCCGGCGUUUCUCGCAGCCACGGACGCUGCGAUGACCGCCUACUACACGCGCCCCAACUAUGAGGACGCUACCAUUGUGGAUUCGAUCGGCCCGGCGCGGUUGCACGUCCUCCAAACCACCGUCAACGCAGCGGUGCCCGAGGUCCCCGACGACCUGACGCCAGCACAGCGCGACGGCGCCGAGAUCAUGCGGAAGCGCCAUCUCGACGCGCUGCUCAAGGAUGCCAUUGCCUCGGAAUGCGGCGCGAUUCGGUCGCAAAAAGGGCAGGACGCGUGCGAGCACCUCCUCUCGGCCAUCGUGCCGUCGCUGCAUCAUCAUGUAGCGCCACCUACGGACCCGUACCGGAUGUGGCAGCGACUGACGGCCGCGGCGUCUAGCGACGUGAGCGCGCUAACCUUGGCUUACACCAAGGUGACGGACACCCGCUUCCAGGCGAAACGACCCAACUACGAGGCACCUGGCACGUUCUUUCAGCGCUUUGACGCUAUCGUGGACCCAUUCUUAGCGCAGCUUUUGACACCGCCCGCCGACGUCGACGCGCCCGCCGUGGCAGCGUACCGGGCGGCGCUGUCGGCCAAGCUCAAGUGCGUCUUGCUGGCGCACGCGACUGGCCCCCAUGAUGCGAGUAUGCUCUCGGGGCCACUGCCGUCGGACGUCGCCCGCUUUCAAAUACACCUGCUGCCGUUGAUGGCCAAGGCAACCGCGCGCCCGAUGACGUCGUCCCCGAACGCGUGUGCCUACUGCGGCUACGACGACCAUGUCGCGUCCCGGUGCCGGCAGCGCACCUUGGACUGGGAAAACCGCGUGUUUCAAAACAUCUGCUACGAUGGCGGGCACGCGUUUCCGGUCAUUGACGGCCAGCCAUGUACGCUUGCCUUCGUCCCGCGCACCGCGAGCGACGAAGCAGCGUUGACCCGGAAGGGGCUCAUGAAGAAGAGCCGCGUCAAGCGCAAGGAGGCGCCUGCUGCACCCGUUGACGUCGCCCAGAAGCGACAGCUACUCGAAGAGCGCUGCACGCGCCGCGGUCGCACGUCGACCAUGUAGCGCUGUGGGCAGCCAUCGUCGCGGAACGGAAGGAAGCGUUCUCGUUCACGUAGCCUUCUGGACUCAACCCUUUAAAGAGAGCUAGCCUUGUAGCACC